AUGUGCACUUCCUACACACCCAGCAAGGGCUCGUCCAACCGGGUCACACUCCGGACUCUCUGGUUGAUGCAUGCGAUGGGUCGUUCCGAGGACACCAUCCAGCUGGGCUCUGUGCUUGCCCGGACGUUCACCAAGGCAGCCAUCAGCACGACUCGCAGCCUCGUUUGUGGCCCGGUGAUCACCGCCUUGGCCCGCAACUACGGGGUGGACUACACAGGGAUGACAUUGGUCCGCGGACCAACCCCACUCGGCGAGGCUACUCUCCGCCACCAGCACUUGGUUGCUCGCCACGGGCGUGUGCGCUGGAUCGCGGGCUUUCCUCAGCCACCUAUACCUGCCGAGGGCGACCAGGCCGAGUCGAGCGCCGCUGGUGGGCGCCGAGUUCCCCGUCGUGCCCAGGCUCCCGCGAGCCCCUCUCCUGCUCCCCGGUCUCCUUCUCCAGGGUCCCCUCCUCCAGUGGUGGUGCCCAUCUCCGACCAGUUGGCGGCGAUCACGCAGCAGAAUGAGCGCAUCCUGGCCGGCCAGGAGCGUAUCCACACCCGCCUUGAUCGCGAGCGGGACCGAGGGCGUCGUCUCAUGUCGGGGUCGCACUACAUCAUGUCCUACUUGGGCUUGGACCCGAACGCGGUCCACUACCCGUUCGUGCAGUCCCCAGGGUUUGAGGAUGAGUACCCUCCACCCACCGGCGAUGGUGGUGAUGCCUUCUAG